AUGGGUGAUGAACUAAACCAGCCCCGUAGUCUAAAGGACUACAUGUACCCAACUAGGACAAGCCAGCCCUCGUGUAUCAUCUUACGCGCAACUGCGGAUAAAUUUGAGUUGAAGGCGAGCACAAUACAUAUGCUCCCUGUGUUUCGAGGGGUUGAUGCUGAAAACCCUUACCACCAUGUUGGGGAUUUUAAGGAUAUUUGUGGGAGUCUGAAGAUCAAUCAAAUGACAGAAGAGACCCUGAAAUUGUGUAUGUUUCCCUUCUCAUUUAAGGAGAAAGCUAAAUCUUGGUUGUAUGCUUUGCGACCCCAAUCCAUUAGAACAUGGGAGGAACUUACGAAAGAAUUUUUCAAAAAUUUCUUCCCAAAUCACAAAACAGCCACCAUUCGUCAGAGUAUAAAUAGUUAUGUGCAAUUGGAUGGUGAAACAUUGUCCAAAUACCUAGAACGGUUUAAUGAUUUUCUACUUCAGUGUCCCCAUCAUGGUUUAGAGCAAUGGAGAUUGUCAACAAUUCUUUAUGAAGGGUUGGAUUUCGCCACUCGAACCCUGGUCGAUUUUAUGUGCAAUGGUGAAUUUACUGAUAAAAGUUCUGAUGAGUCGUGGGCCUUUCUGCAUGAAGUUUCCGAAAAAACUCAGCAAUGGGAGACCAUUAGAGAACCUAGGAGAUCUGGUGUUCAUAAGAUAGAGUCUGAUUUUGAAAUUCAUGCGAAAAUGGCAUCUGUGUUUAAAAGCCUGGACAGUUUAGAGCUUCAAAAAGGUGAUAAACCUAAUACAUCUGUCUCAUGUAAUCAGGUAGAAAUGUCCAUGUGUUUUUUCUGUAAGAGCUCGGAACAUUUAGCUGAAAACUGUCCUGAAUUGCAUGAAAUUAAGGAGUCUAGACUUGAGCAGGCCAAUGCUUUGUACCAAAAACAUGAGAACAACCCGUAUUCUCAGACCUAUAACCCAAAGUGGAGGAAUCACCCUAACUUUUCUUGGUCUAAAGGACCGGUACAAGGGGGUUUGGCAGGACAGAACCAAGGAUAUUCAUAUCUUAGAAACCCCCAAGUGCAACCUCACACACAGUACCCUGUUGAGAAAAAGCAUAACUUUGAUAAUGUUGUGAAUCAAUUGAAUGAAAGUCUGUUGCAAUAUCAGAAGUUAAAUGACCAGAGACUUGCGAGUUUAGAACUCAAAAUGGGCCAAACCUGUGAUGCACUAAAUGAGAGAGAAAAGGGUAAACUCCCUAGUCAACCUCAACAGAAUCCUAAGAGUGCAUUUCAGGAAAGCACUUCGGCUUGUAAUGAGACUUCACAUAAUCUAGUGAAUGCUAUCACUACUCUUCGUAGUGGUAAAGUUGUUGAUAAUAAUGUAGGUGAACCACAGUCAAAUGAGUCUAAAUCAGACUCACCAGUGCACACAACACCACAGAAAACAUCUAAUGUAGAAAAGGAAUCUGAGCAUGAUAGAGACUCUAAGAAUUCGACUGAUGUUAAUGCUUCUUCACCAUCUUUUGUGCCUGUUGCUCCAUUCCCACAAAGAUUGGUGCAGAAAAAAGGGAGUAAACAUUACAAUGAGAUGUUGGAAAUGUUUGAGAGAGUCAAUAUUAUUUUUCUUGAAGCAAUCAAACAGAUACCUGCAUAUGCUAAAUUUUUGAAAGAUCUAUGCACACAAAAGCGGAAGCUUCAUGUGCAUAAACAUGCCUUUCUCACUGAGCAGGUGAGUUCAAUUAUUCAAAGCAAGACCCCACCUAAGUUUAAAGACCCUUGUAGUUCAACUAUCACAUGCACAAUUGGUGAACAUACAAUUGAUAGGUCUUUGCUUGAAUUAGGAGCAAGUGUGAACCUUUUGCCAUAUUCUUUGUAUAAGCAAUUAGGUCUUGGGGAGCUGAAACCCACUUCUGUCACGCUACAAUUAGCGGACAGAUCUGUAAAAAUCCCUCGGGGUAUCAUUGAAGAUGUGUUAAUCAAGAAUUGA